ACUUUAAAAGUUAGUGACAAUCUCUAAGUACCACUCACUUUCUUUCUUUAUUUCUCCUUCUCUCGCACUCACAGUCACAGAUCAGUCUCCAUGACAUCGUUCAUAGAUCUUUUCGCCGGCGACAUAACGACACAUCUCAUAAAGCUUCUCGUUAUGGUAGCUAACACAGUCUACAGUUGCAAAGGAAUAGCAGAACGACUUGUCACGAUGAUCAAAGAUGUUCAACCAACCAUCAGGGAGAUCCAAUACAGUGGCGUGGAGCUAAGUAACCAUCGCCAGACUCAGUUACGAGUCUUCUUUGAGAUCUUGGAGAAAUCAAGAAAGCUGUGCGAAAAGGUUUUAAGAUGUCAUAGAUGGAAUCCUAAACACGUAUACCACGCUAACAAGAUGAAGGAUCUAGAGAAAAAGAUAUCUCGUUUUCUCCACAGCCAGAUUCUUCUCUCUGUUUUUGCUGAGGUAUGUCAGCUAAGAGUCAAUGGUGACAGGAUUGAGAGACUGUUGAGUGAAAAGAACGGUUCUUUAUUGUUACCGGAGGCUACAAUGGAGAUUGAGACGGUAAGUGAUCAGGCGGUUCAAGUGGUGGGAUUGGAUUUGGGGAAGAGAAAGGUUAAAGAGAUGUUGUUCAAGUUUACUGAUACUAAUCUGUUUGGGAUCUCUGGAAUGAGCGGUUCUGGGAAGACCACUCUUGCGAUAGAGCUUUCAAGAGACGAUGAUGUUAGAGGGCUAUUUAAGAACAAGGUUUUGUUUCUGACUGUGUCACGGUCUCCGAAUAUUGAGAAUCUGGAGUCUCGUAUACGAGAGUUUGUUAAUGAUGGAGUUCAACAACGGAAGCUAGUGAUCCUUGAUGAUGUUUGGACAAGAGAGUCCUUGGAUAAGCUGUUGUCUAGAAUCCGUGGAAGCACAACUUUGGUAGUCUCACAGUCCAAGCUUGCAGAUCCUAGAAUCACCUAUAAUGUGGAAAUGUUGAAGGAAGAUGAAGCCAUGACCCUUUUGUGUCUAUGUGCUUUCGAGCAAGAGUCCCCGCCUUCUCCGUUCAACAAAGAUUUAGUGAAAAAGGUUGUUGAUGAGUGUAAAGGUCUACCUUUGUCUUUGAAAGUUCUUGGUGCUUCGUUAAAAUACAAACCUGAAAGAUAUUGGGAAGGCGUAGUUAAGAGGUUAUCAAGAGGUGAAGCUAUUGAUGAAACUCAUGAGAGCAGAGUCUUUACUCAUAUCCAAGAAAGUCUAGAAAACCUCGAGCCGAGAAUCAAAAACUGUUUCUUGGAUAUGGGUGUUUUCUCUGAAGAUAAGAAGAUCCCUCUUGAUCUUCUCACCAACGUGUGGGUCGAGAGGCAUGACAUCGACGAGGAAACUGCUUUUUCCUUUGUUCUUCGUUUAGCUGACAAGAAUCUCCUUACUAUAGUAAACAAUCCGAGGUUUGGCGAUGUGCACAUUGGCUACUAUGAUGUGUUUGUUACGCAACACGAUGUUCUGCGAGACCUAGCCCUUCAUCUUUCGAGCAAUCGCGUGGAAGUAAAUAGGAGAGAGCGAUUGUUAAUGCCAAAAACAGAACCAGUGCUUCCAAGAGAAUGGGAAAGGAAUAAAGAUGAGCCAUUUGAUGCCAAGAUAGUUUCCCUUCAUACAGGUGAUAUGGAUGAAAUGGAUUGGUUUGACAUGGACCUCCCUAAGGUUGAAGUUUUGAUACUUAACUUCUCUUCAGACAAGUAUGUCUUGCCACCAUUUAUUAGUAAGAUGGUUAACCUCAGGGUGCUCGUGAUUAUAAACAAUGGCAUGACUCCGGCACAUCUACAAUAUGGCUUCUCCAUCUUUGCCAAUUUGACCAACCUGAGGAGUCUCUGGCUCAAGAGAGUUCACGUCCCUGAACUCUCCAGCAACACCAUUCCUUUGAAAAACCUACACAAGAUUCAUUUGAUCCUUUGUAAGGUUAACAACAGUUUUGGUCAGACAACAUUUGACAUCUCCCACAUCUUCCCAAGCUUGUCUGAUCUCACUAUUGAUCAUUGUGAUGAUCUUGUGGAACUAAACUCCACCAUCUCUGGGAUGACCUCUCUCAAGUCUCUGAACAUAACCAACUGUUCCCGCAUUACUCAAUUACCUAAGGAUCUGAGUAAUCUACAGUCCCUUGAACGUCUAAGGUUAUAUGCUUGCCCCGAGCUGACAUCCCUCCCGGACAACAUUUGUGAGCUGCCAUGUCUAAGGUACGUUGACAUUUCACAGUGUAUCAGCUUGAUUUCUCUUCCGGGAAAGAUAGGAAAGCUAAGGACACUUGAGAAAAUAGACAUGAGAGGUUGCAGCUUAUUUGAUCUACCAAGUUCUUUAGCUGGCCUCGAGUCUCUACGCCAUGUCAUUUGCGACGAGAACGUUUCAUCUAUGUGGGAAAAUAUUAGAAAAGUGGUUCCGGAACUUUGCAUUGAAAUCCCUGAGAAAAAUUUCACUGUGGAUUGGCUUGACGAUUAGAUACCUUUAAAUCCAUCAAACUCUUGAUAACUUUUUUGUAUAAAAUCAUUGCUCAUCGGAGCUAGUGAAGUGUACUUUUAAAUGUCUU